AGAACUAGUAAUAGUAUAAAUAAGGCAUGUUAACAGAGCAGUGGUCACACACACAGAGUUUAGUGUUUACAAAUCACCACCUUUCUGUCCCAGACGUAAUAAAUCAUAAAGGAAGUGCUUAUGAGCUAGCCGCGACAGCUAACUCCGGGUUAGCUAGUUUGGCAAAACAAGAUACUGAAGGGUGGUGAUCGGCUUUCUUCAUCAGAUCAAGUUCUGAUACACCGACAUCAUGUUCCAUGGGAUUCCAGUUACAGGAGGUGUAGGAGGAGCUCCAGCCAAUAAACCUGAGUUAUAUGAGGAAGUGAAAUUAUACAAAAAUGCAAGAGAACGAGAGAAGUACGAUAACAUGGCAGAGCUGUUUGCUGUCGUCAAGACCCUUCAGGCCCUGGAGAAAGCUUACAUCAAAGACUGUGUCACACCUAAUGAGUACACUGCUUCCUGUUCCAGACUCUUGGUUCAGUAUAAGGCUGCUUUCAAACAGGUGCAGGGCUCUGACGUUGGCUCCAUCGAUGAUUUCUGCAGGAAGUACAGACUCGACUGCCCACUAGCCAUGGAAAGGAUUAAGGAGGAUCGGCCAAUCACCAUCAAGGAUGACAAGGGCAACUUGAACCGCUGCAUUGCAGAUAUAGUCUCUCUGUUUAUCACUGUGAUGGACAAGCUGAGACUGGAGAUCAGAGCCAUGGAUGAGAUUCAACCAGACCUGAGGGAGCUGAUGGAAACCAUGAACAGAAUGAGCAACAUGCCUCCAGACUCGGAGGCUAAGGACAAAGUCAGCCUCUGGUUGACCACCCUCAGCAGCAUGUCGGCCUCAGAUGAGCUGGAUGAUAAUCAGGUGCGCCAAAUGCUGUUCGACUUGGAGUCAGCCUACAACGCCUUCAACCGCUUCCUCCACUCCUCCUAAAGCAUCUGUCCAUACUAGGUCCUGACUCUUGUACCUGUUAAAUUAAAAAAGAAACACUCUA